CAUUACUACUUUCCAGAACUUUAUCUAAUAUAGUGAUCCUACAAAAGAAGAGGAAGCAGCGUAAGACAGCCAGGAAGAUGUCCACAGGUCCAAAAGUAAAGUUCACAGAUGUCAAUGAAAGCCGAUCAAAAUAAGAUCUUUGAAAUGCUCGAAAUGAAACGAAUCGAAGAGAUCAAGCAAGAAUUGUUUGAAAAGACUAAAAGGUUUGAAUACUGCAAGCCAGCUGUUGAAAAGAAUUGACGUGUGUAGGAAACUGGGCUGGAAAAAUUUAAUUUUAAUAGCAAAACUCAAAGAGAGAGCCUCACUGAUAAAAUUUACACCAAGUUCAAACAUUUUCUUGAUGAUUAUGAGGAUUCUUAUAAGAUCUCAAUGCCUCUUUCAACAGAGAAGCGCAUAAAGGAAAAUAUUCAGAGGUGAUACUCUAAAUUCCAAUGGAAGAGUAAUGAUAAGUUCCACGACCUCAACAUGUUCUUGAAAGACUUAAACAAUCACAAAUAGGAAAUAUGCCAUUGACUCUACCAGCAUUUACCAGCUUGAAGAAGGAGACUUUGGAAGGGAAAGUCUCUUCCAAAACCCGAAGAAGAAGGUACACAAGAUCAAAGUCAGUAUACCAGAGAUAUCUGGCACUAACAAGAAGAAAAAGGGAUUAAAAUAAGUCCAAAUCUACCUUCACUUUCACCAUGAAUUUUGGAAGGAAAGUGCAGAGAAAUCCCUCUGCACAUACCGAGAAACCUACUAUGAAUGAUAACAAGUCUCUCUGUCACGAAGGGGAUACAAAGCUGAUUUUUGGAAAAAUCCAUUCUGGAUUUAGAUCAAAAUCUACUUCAAACAUCUUCCAGUUAAGUGAGGUCAAAACUCCUGGAUUCAAAUAACCAGCUUGGUGCUCUGAAAGAAUAUAUACAGAAGGGUAGCAACAUUGCGACCAAGAGAAACACUACGGAGUGUUCGAAUCAAAGCAACAUUAACGAUAGCUCAGCCACUUCUGCGAUCCAGCCAAGGAUGCUUACUAGUGGGUUUCAGUACAAACGAGUCAAAAAUAAUUUUUCUAACUUAAAAAUGGGUCAUCAGAUCGGAGCCAUGCAUUGUAACGCAGUGAUUGAGGAACGAAUUAAGUGAAUUGAAGAUGUCACUCCUACGAUUCGGAAGAACUUUAGAAAUAAGUUGGAUCGACAAAGCCAGGCCUCUAGAUUCAAGAAGUCCCUGGCACACAGGAGUCGGAGAAAUAAAACUGCAUUUAUGAAUACUUCAAGGAAGCCUAAAAAGAUGAAACCCUCUAUAAACAGGCCUAUUACUUCUUAUAGAGAAAGUAAAAUCAGCUCGAUCAGGAACCUGAAGCGGUUCCAGGAUAAGCCAACCACAGGAUCUUCUAGGAACAGGCUGUCUUCCACAAGGAAGUCUUUUAUCAUUGGUUCAACUAAGAACUCAACAAAUCGGAUUGUCACCGCAGAUAUGAAUAAGAGGAGAGCCUCAAUUGACUCUUCUAGAUUGGGCAAGAGUCAGUUCAAUUUGACCCUCCAACGUCCAUAUAGUGUUCGAAGAAAGGCAGCAACAAGGAACCGAUUUAAAACCAGAAACAGUAGUUUAGCCACUAAAUUAUCCAAAAUUACUGAUAUUAUUUACAAAUGUGAGGAGGCCGGCUUCCCAAAGAAGAAGACUCAGGAAUUCAACUUUCAGAAUGAGCUUAGUCAUAUAGAAAUUGCCAUGCAGAAGUUCCAUGAAAAAGAUAUUAAUUUCAAUAAAAUUUAGCUUGGAU